AUGGUACGAGGGGCGAAUGGCAAACCCCUAGACCCACCGGUCGCUCUCAACUAUACGCCACACCGACUGAAAUCAAUCCCCCAAACUGGCCCCUGCGAGACGAAUAUGAAUGGCCGACGCAUCGGAAACCUAUACCGGCGCGAGGGGGGCUCCGACUUGAACCUCCAGGGACCGUCUCUAUCACGCUUCCCAACAAACGGGACCACCGAUGAAACCCCUCCCCGACCAAGCGUUAAUUCGUCUGAAACCUGGCGCUCAAGCAUCGAACAAACAAGCGGGACAGAGCGCAGCAGUGUCCUGACCAAGAGCAGUUCGAUCACUGAUCUUUCACCGGAUACCCCCGACACGCCUUUUGGGAUGGACCGUGGGAUGAGUGUCGAAGAUGCGAUUUCUAUGUAUCUCGAUGGCUUCAGUGAUGCGACUGAAGAACCUAGCUCGCCGAAAUCCCACACAGGGAGCAAAGCGCCAUCAAUAACGCCUCCUCCAUCACGCGAUUCACACCUAGGUGAAGCAUACCCACUAGAAUUUCCGUCGCUGGGCGACAUUCCGCCGAUACCCCCGAUGCCAAAAUUUGCUACCUCGCGAGACACAAGGCCAGACUCUUUGUUUUUACCAAACUCGACGUUUUCCGAACACUCUCCCAUACCGCCCAUACUCCCAGAAUCCGCGCCCGAGCUCACCGCUUUGGAACCCACGUUGCUUGAAUAUCCAGAACCGGACCCGUCAGACCCUGUUGUGCCGGAUUCUCCCUACAAGGUCACGCCCUCCGCAUCGCCGGUAGCCGAGGCGCCCGAGGUGCAUCAUGCACACCAACGACAGGCCUCAAAAAAAGUGUUCAUUCCCGGAUUGGUGCCGCCGCUACUCCGCUCUGGAAACGGCCCUCGAGACGAUUACGGAUUUCGCAAAGCUACCCAACAUGUAAGCCUGGAUGAAUAUGAGACCUGGAAAGGAUCCUACUCCCACCAUGUGAUACAGCGGAGAUCCAAAUGGUGUGAACUACUGAGGGAGCACGGGCUACCCACAUCAGAGCCCACAAUCUUUCCCCCGCAGUCUUCGAAAGUCAAGCGGUUUGUGCGUAAAGGAAUUCCUCCAGAGUUCCGAGGUGCGGCUUGGUUCUAUUAUGCCGGCGGGUACGAGCUUUUGAACCAGAACCCGGGGCAGUAUGAUGAACUUGUUGCGAAAGCCAUGAGCUCACCAAGCAACGACGACAAAGAGCACAUCGAGCGUGAUCUUCACCGCACAUUCCCUGACAACCUCCAUUUCAAACCGGACGCCACCGAGCUAGCGCAAGAUCCCGGGGGCGGCAGCUUGAAUUAUUCCAAUGUCACCACGGAGACGCAGAUGAUUCAGUCCCUACGUCGAGUGCUCUAUGCUUAUGCGCUGCAUAACCCGAAAAUCGGAUAUACCCAGUCUCUGAAUUUCAUCACGGGAAUGCUUCUUCUUUUUCUUCCCGAGGAAAAAGCAUUCUGGAUGCUGCACAUCAUUGCCGCAGACUACCUGCCUGGCACGCAUGAAAUCAGUCUGGAGGGUGCCAACAUUGACCUCUGGAUUCUCAUGGUCCUGCUCAGGGACUCUAUGCCGGGUACAUAUUCCAAGAUCGCUGUUAUGGGAGGAACUCCGUCCGGACGGGGCAAAAUGCCUCCUUUAACCGUGAACUCUCGGCUGCCAGACAUCACCUUGGGAUUGACCAACUGGCUCAUGUCGUUAUUCAUCGGAAGUUUGCCCGUUGAAACCACUCUCCGAGUUUGGGAUGUUUUCUUCUACGAAGGCUCCAAGACCUUCUUCCGCGUGUCUUUGGCAAUCUUCAAAUCAUGCGAGAAGGACAUCCUUGCCGUAACAGACCCCAUGGAAGCAUUCCAGAUCGUCCAAAGCGUCCCCAAAAAGCUGUUGGAUGCCAACACGUUGUUGGAUGAAUGUUUCGUACGUCGGCAUCGCGUCGGACAAGGUCGUAUCGAAGAACUCCGAGCUCAACGCCGGGCAGCUAUCCGCGAAGAGAAAUUGCGACGAUCCGUGGCCUUUGGGAAAGGUCAACUUCAUUCUAAGACGGAUGAUUUCACCGACCGAAGCCCCACGGCAAUCCCGGGCGUCGAGCACCGGGUCGUUGGUUCCUGGCGUCACUUGAAACAACAUGCAUUUCGAUAA